AUGGUUGACGAAACCCAGAAACCGGCGGCUCCGGAGACUUCGGUGCAAGUAACUGAGGAAGUAGUGGUUGUUUCUGACGUCCCUGUGGCCGAGAAAGAGCUUCCUCCCGCUCCGGAACCCGAACCCGAGGCUACUCCGGCGAACCCUUCUGCUGCUGCUGCUGCGGCGGAGGAAGAAGUGGUGGAGGCCGAGAAGUCGAAACCGUCGACGGAGGAGGAGAAGAUCCCUGAAUCGGCUUCUUUUAAGGACAAAAGAAAGCCCUCGAGCGAAGUCCCUGCCGAGACUUCUGCUCCGGCGGAAGAAGUGGCGGCGCCACCCAAGGAAGUGGUUGUUGCUGUUGCUGAAGUAGUUGAGAAAGUCACCGCCAUCAUCACCGACGAUGGUGCCCAAACUGUCGAAGCCAUCAAAAGGACACCCAGUUUGCUACAACGCUUAUGGGGAGUUUCAGAACAAGGAUUUGUAUCCCCACACCUUUUUUGA